AUGAUGGAAAUUCACGACUACACCUGGAUCUUCGUUCUGGGUAUCAUUGCGGCUUGCGCCGAUGCCUUUGGCAUUGGUGCCAACGAUGUGGCCAACUCAUUUGCUAGCAGUGUCUCGUCGGGCUCGCUGACGCUUGCGCAGGCCUGCAUUAUUGCCGUGUUCACAGAGUUCCUUGGUGCCUUCCUGCUUGGUUCCAACACGGCUGAGACCAUCAAGAGCGGUAUCAUGGAUGUCAAGCUCUUCGUGCCCCAGCCCGAGCUGAUGAUGCUCGGUAUGCUGUGCGCUGUUGCUGGUUCGGCUGUGUGGGUCCUCACUGCGUGCAGGUUCGGUAUGCCUGUGUCAACCACGCAUUCGAUCGUCGGUGCCAUCAUCGGUGUCGGCAUUGCUGCCUUCGGCGGUGAUACUAUCAAGUGGGACUACUCGGGUGUGGCCAAGAUUGUCACCUCCUGGUUUGUCUCGCCGGUGGCCGCCGGUAUCGUCACUGCCAUUAUCUACAUGCCGACCAAGAUCUUUGUGCUCAAGAGUGUGAACUCGCUGGAGCGCGGAAUCAAGGCUAUCCCGAUCUACUUCUUCAUCACCUCGCUCAUCGGUGCUUUCUACCUGAUCUACAAGGGCGCCCCGGGCACCAAGGCCGCUAAGAUGUCGAUCGGUACUAUUGUUGGCAUCAGCUUCGGUGUUGCUGCCGGUGUCACAAUCCUGGCCUGGGUUCUCUUUGUGCCGUGGCUCCGCCGCCGUGUCAUCAACAAGGAGAACGUGCGCUGGUUCCACAUCCCUGUCAUUCACUUUGUCAAGCCCCGCCCGUCUGCCCCUGCCCCUGAGGAGAUUCCGGGUGGCCUGGAGAACGGUGAUGGCACCGAGAUCCAGGAGAAGAUCACUGCCAGCGGCAAGACCAUUGAGUCUGAGUCUAACAACGAGGCUGAGUUCCAGGAGCAGGAGAAGUCGCGGGUCAAGUCGCUGUUCACUAUGGCCAAGGAUCUGUUCCUGCGUGGCGUGCGCAAGGAUGUGCGCAACCUCGACAACCAGAAGCUGGCGUCUGUCCACGAGGCUGCCCAAAAGUUCGACGGCGAUACCGAGUACCUGUUCUCGUUCCUGCAGGUCAUCACUGCGUGCCUUGCCAGUUUCUCGCACGGCUCCAACGAUGUCGCCAACGCCGCCGGUCCUAUUGCUGCCAUCUACGAUAUCUGGCGUACUGCCAAGGUCGACCCUUCGGGCAAGGCUCAGGUGCCCAGCUGGAUUCUGGCCAUGGCCGGUGCUGCCAUUGAUCUUGGUCUGCUCACCUACGGCUACCAUGUCAUGCGCAAGCUCGGCAACGGUGUCACCUAUCUGUCGCCUAGCCGUGGCUUCUCGGCUGAGCUUGGCACCUCGCUCACUGUCCUGACUGCCUCCAAGAUUGGUUUGCCCGUGUCGACCACCCACUGCAUCACUGGUGCCAUUACCUCUAUCGGCCUGUGCAACGGCAGCUGGCGCGCCCUGAACUGGAAGAUGCUCAGCUGGUGCUUCCUGUCAUGGAUCAUCACCCUGCCUGCUGCUGGUCUGCUCGCUGGUCUGCUGUUUGCCUACGGCAAGAACGCCCCUACCCAAAUGAUCUAAGCCCCCAGUUUUAUAUAUCCCUGUGUUUCAUACGUCAGUUCCCCCCUUUUACAAAUUCGAUUAAUAGCU